GGUGAAGCAGGUGAGAAAUGUUUUGAUGUUUCUUUUUCACUCGUUCAAACUGUUGCUUUGAUUCCUCGUCGCUGUAUGUCAGAUGUUAAUACUGAUACUCGUGCAAGAGAUUUUCCUCAGUUAUUUGCUUGCAGCAAUGAAUGAGUCCCAGACUCCCAGUAACAGUAAAGGCAGCAUGGUGGUACUACAGUAUUAGCUGGUGUAAUUAUUUCAGAAUUUUAAUGCAUCUUAAACGUAUAUUACCAGCCAGCUGUGGAUGACAAGACCUAGAGGGUCUGGCCAGUCUUUAUAUGACCCUACACCUGCGUUGAAGAGGAGCACAAAUGCCUAACCGAUGUGUUGCCUAUGGUUGUGGAAAGUUUAGUGGGCAGAAUGUAUCCAUGUUCAGAUUUCCCAAGGACCCCGGGGAGUUUCGCAAAUGGGAGAAGCAGGUUCAGAGGACCCGCAGGAAUUGGAUUGCCAGGACUGUCUCCCAUUUAUGCUCUGAUCAUUUUAGUAAGGACUGUUUUGAGCCUAGAUCUCUUGCUACUGCCAAGACAAUGGGAUUCAAAGGGCUGAGACUGAAGGAGGGCGCUGUCCCGACGAUUUUCACCCGCCCGCCGUGUAAUAACUGCGGCGGUGCCUCCUGUUCCACGUGUAUUCCAAAGCGAAAGAGACACGGUGUAACCAGUGAACCUGAAGAGUUUGAAUCAGAUGAAUGGGAAGUGGCCUCUUGGAAUGUCAACUUGGACACAUGUGAGCAGAAAGAGGGAGAAGUGAGAGUAUUUGAUGGAGAAGAUCAUAAGCAGCUCUAUUCGGACGAUAACAGUGUUAAUAGUUCUGGGGCUUAUUCAUCCUGGGCAGAUAAUGAUGGCAUAGUGUGUGAAAUGUGUGGAACUACUGGUACCAAGGACACUUUCUACUCCAAAACCAAGCGCUUCUGCAGUGCAUCCUGCUCCCGGUCAUUCUCCUCCAACUCAAAGAAAUCCUCAGUUCUUGCACGGCUGCAGGGAAAGCCACCCAUAAAGAAGUCAACAAACAAAGUGUCUCUAAAAUCACAGACCGAGUCUUCUCGGUCAAAGGGUAUUGAACAGCAACAGGAGAGCAGAGCAUUUGGACAGGAUGCUACUUUGGCUGGAUUUGACUGGGGUAGUUACCUUGAGAAAAGUGGCUACCUCGCUACUCCUGUAUCCUGCUUCAGACAUGCACCACUCUGUGCUCAAUGGGAGGACAUCUACGUGGGGUUAAAAGUGGAGGUUCUGAACACUCACACAGCCUUGCCUAGCAAGGUGUACUGGAUUGCCACUGUAGUACAGCUGGCAGGCUAUAAGGCUCUUCUGCGCUAUGAGGGUUUUGAGGAUGAUGAUAGCCAUGACUUUUGGUGUAACUUGGGUACAUCUGAUGUUCAUCCUAUAGGCUGGUGUGCAGUGAAUAGCAAGCUCCUUGUCCCCCCUCAAGAGGUCCACCAGAAGAUUAAAGACUGGAAAUCUUACCUGAUGGAGAAACUGGUUGGAGAACACACACUUCCUGUUGACUUUCAUGUCAAGAUGGCAGACAGUAUGAGAUGUUCAUUCAGGCAGGGUGUUCGAGUGGAGGUGGUCGAUCGCUCACAGGUGAGCCGUACCCGCUAUGCAGUGGUGGAUACCGUAAUAGGGGGUCGACUCAGGCUGCUGUAUGAGGAUGGGGGCCUAGGAGCAUCGGGCGAGGUGCUCUCAGAUUUCUGGUGUCACAUGCAAAGUUCUCUAGUACAUCCAGUAGGUUGGUCUGAAAGAGUGGGCCACAACAUCAAAGAAACAGAUAGGAGUGUCAACAUGAGUAGCCAUCCAGCAUUUCGCAAGGUCCUUCAAGACAGUGUGCCAUAUCAGUUCAAGAAGUUAAGGACUGUUUACAUGGGAGAUAAAUUUUUUGAGGAAGGCAUGAAACUGGAAGCAAUUGAUCCUCUGAACCUUGGGAACAUCUGUGUCGCAUCAGUCCGUAAAGUGCUGCUAGAUGGAUACAUCAUGGUUGGCAUUGAUGGUGUUGAGAUUGGUGAUGGUUCUGACUGGUUUUGCUACCACGCCAGUUCACAUGCCAUCUUACCUGUAGGAUAUUGUCAGAACAACAACAUAAAUCUCACUCUACCUCCUGGUUAUGUUCAAGAAACGUUCACAUGGCAUAAGUAUUUAGAAGAAGCGGGGGCUGUGGCUGCUCCACAGAGACUUUUCAACACAGAUGCUGUAGGUCAUGGCUUUACCACAGGUAUGAAGUUAGAGGCAGUGGACCUCAUGGAGCCAAGGCUGGUGUGUGUGGCCACUGUUAGGCGUUGUGUAGGCCGGCUUCUCCUUCUGCACUUUGAUGGCUGGGAGCCUGAGUUUGAUCAGUGGGUGGACUGUCAGUCCCCUGAAAUAUACCCAGUGGGCUGGUGUGAAGUCACUGGCUACCAGCUGCAGCCACCCAUCGGCCCAGAACCACCUCAGGGUCAGGAACGCACCAAUCCAAGCAAAAAGCCGAAACCCUUUAUUGGGAAAAGGAGGCGAAGAUUUAUAAAGAAAAAUACAAGCAUUAAAAACACAUCUAAAACCCAGCUCCCCCAGCCGAAGGAGAAUUCGGAGACAAAUCACUCAAGUGAGGCACUAGUCCCCUCUGUCACGCCCACCACUGUACAAAUCAAGACUGAACCAGAGGAAGAAAUUAAUGCAGUAAAAGUGAAGGUUGAGGAGAUGGAAAGCCCAAUAUUACCCAGCAUACAAGGCAAAGAAAGCAACAACCUGGAGGCCUUCACAACCUUUAAACAGGAGGACAUCUCAGUUUAAACCCUCACCUAUACUGAUGAAAGUUCUUGAUGCAUCACUCACUAGGAAUAUAAAAGACAAAUAGUAAGCAAAAGUGUAAAGCAUUUUUUACUAUUAAACACUGUGGAAGUUAGUUUAUUAACCAUUAGUUAUUAGUUGGUUUAUUAAGUAAUUAAGUUUAAUUAUUCAACUGUUUGUGUAAAUAUUGAACCGUUGAGAGAACGUACAUAUUGCCUUGGAAUGGUAUAUUAUGUUUAUUUCAUUUUUUUAUAUAUAGUAUUCAUUUUGUACUGAAAUCUUGCAAUCCUUUAUUAAAAUGGUUUACAU